ACAACCACUGCAGCCCUAACAACAACAACUGCUGCUCCUACGACCACUACAGCUCCAGAACCUAUUACGACAACCACUGCAGCUCCUACUACAACAACUGCUGUUCUAACGACCACAGUGACUGCAGCACCUUCUACAAUAACUACAACUUCAGCACCUACGACAACCACAACAACAGCACCUCCAACAACUGUAGCUCCUACGACCACUGUAACUCCACAACCUACUACGACAAUCACACCUUCUACAAUAACUACAACUUCAGCACCUACGACAACCACAACAACAGCACCUACAACAACUGUAGCUCCCACGACAACUGCAGCUCCUACAACAGCUUUAGCGUCUACGACAACCACUGCAGCCCUACCUACAACAACUGCUGCUCCUACGACCACUGCAACUCCACAACCUACUACAACAACUACAACUUCAGCUCCUACGACAACCACAACAACAGCACCUACUACAACACCUGUAGUUCCUACAACUGAACCUCCCAUGACCACUCCACCUGCUGUACUUACAACAACAAUCACAACUACAGCUCCUGCUACAACAAUUGUAGCUUCAACUUCCACCACAGCAGCUGCCUCUACGACAACCACUGCAGCCCUAACAACAACAAUUGCUGCACCU